AUGCGUAGCAGUUUUGAAACACCAAAUGCGUUGCGUAUUCAGGAGAAACUCGCCUUUGAUCUCUGCCCACAGAGUAGAAGCGUUCCUCCAUUCAAGUUCAACCAAUCAGUACAUCACCACGCAGUACAGAACCACAGCACAUGUUCUAUAUAUACAUAUUUGACCACAGGCCACCGUCGGAAGGUAUCGAGCAACCUCGCAAGCGGCUUCAAGUCUAGGUGGAGUGGUGCGGGAACGGCAGGAUGCCGCAAUUCAAAAAAAAAAAAAAAAAAACAGAAACGACUCAAGGUAUCGAGCAACCUCGCAAGCGGCUUGAAGUCUAGGUGGAGUGGUCAAUGA